AUGUUUAUAAUCCACAGCCAAAUCAUUCGUUUUUUUCAAAAAGCUAUUACUAUAACAACGUCAUCGACAGAAUCUCAGUGUCAAUUACCAUCAUUACCGUCUACAUCUAUGGGUCUGUUGAUUACAUUUGGUCAAUUAUUAUUUUUACAAAAUAUGUUGACUGGAUUGAACGUCUACAUGUGUUAUGUUUAUGGCUUUUAUGCGACAUCCCAAGCUCACACAUUGUCAUUCGGUUUUCAACAGGAUCCAGCAUGGUGGCACUUGGAUGACGUUUUUGUUGUAGCUGACGAUGAGAAUCAGCAAUUGCUUAUCAAUGGCUGUUUCGAAAUGGGCAAUUUAACUGGAUGGAACUACUCUGAUAACGGAGGUUGCAUUGCAGGAUGGUCAAUAGUCGAAAAUAUUGUUAACAACGCUCAUUCGGGAACAUAUUAUUAUUUUGCCGGCUGUAGCGGGAAACCUGACUAUUUAUCUCAAACAUUUGUGACAACACCGGGGCAAUUGUAUGUAAUUAGUUUUUGGUUAGAAAAUGCCGGUGGUACUCCUAGCUUGGCUAAUAUAACAAUUAGUUAA